AUGUGUGAGAUCACCUCACCCCCGGAGGGCUACGAGCUUGUCGCGGGCCAGUGGCGCUGCACUGAGGGCUAUGCAGGAGCAGCGACCGCCACCUGCGUGGCUGAUGAGGCGUGCCGCAGCUCGCUGCAGCUGGCGGGGUGCAGGAAGCUGCAUAGCUGUUUGCCCCCGGAGAAUCCGGAUCCCUGCAAGUAUGACCUCAGUGGCUGCGGAGACGUGGCGCCUGGGGGAUUUUGCCGGCUCCGGUGCCGUACGCCCUUCGCCGGCGGCAGCCCCAAGCUGAUUUGCCCCGCGGGGAAUACGGACCCCACGUACCAGAUGAAAUGGACAGAGCCCUACUGCUUCUGCACCAAUCCAGAUCCAGUCCCUCUCGGCUUCGAGGAGGACGGCCAAGGCGGCCUCCGCUGCUCCGGCGGCUUCGUGGGAGCCCCGCAGCUUCGCUGCCAGCAGGGCACAACAUGCCUGGCGCAGUCGGAGGUUUGGGGCUGCGUGUCCCCCGACGUUUGCCACAUCAAAGAUUUCCUGGACGAGGACGAUCGCCCCGGAAGAAUCACUGGCAAGGCCCGCGGGCGCAUUUGA